AUGGCACCCCAAGACAACCUCUCGCCGCCCGGGAGCAGCACAUACACCUCGAACACCAUGUAUGUUGGAGACGGAACGUGGGAUGCGACUCGCAAUGAUUUCCUGCUGCCGAAUCUGGUGGGCUUAAAUUUCGAGACGAUGAGAUAUAAUGGAAUGGGCAACAGAUUUGCUUCCUUACCGCAAUACCACCAAAUAAUCAAAGGCCACGGCGUCGUCGCCGUGAUCACCUUCCUCUUCGUCGUGCCCGCCGCAAUCCUAAUAGCGAAAUACUCACGCAGUCCAAACGCCAUGCGACAUCACGUAUAUCUGCAAAUCCUGACCGUUGCCCUCUCAACCGUAGUCUUCACACUCGGCUGGUUCGCAGUCGGACCGGCACGAAGUCUCACGAACCCGCAUCAUGGGAUCGGGACGUCGAUUUAUGUGUUGAUAUUAGUGCAAGCGAUGGGCGGCUGGUGGAACUAUAGGAGGAGAAGGAAGCAUCUGCAUCGUAAGCCGACGAUCAAGAUGGUGCUGCAUUGGUGGAUUGGCAGGGCGGUUGCGCUGUUGGGCAUUGUGCAGGUGGCACUGGGGUUGACGCUGUAUGGCAGUCCGAAGUUUACGUUUGUGCUUUAUACGCUGUGGAUGACGUUCCUGCUGCUGCUGUUCUUUAUCCUGGCGUACAGGAGCAUUGGGGAUACGGGUGGCGUUCUUGUGAGGGACGGGAGUAUUAGUCAUGGGGGAACCGUUAUUGAGGAUAAGAAGACAUCUGUAUUUGGAGGGUUGCUUGGGCCUUUGGCUGCUGGGGCGGGUGCUGCAGCUUUAUUGGGGAGGAGAAAUAGAAGCAGGAGCAGAAGUCGGAGAGAAGAAGUCAUUCCCAGUCGGAGAGGGAGUGGGAGUUAUAUUGAAGACGAGAAAUAUGAGGAGAGUAGGAAGAAGAAGAAGAAGAGUGGUGGCACGUUUGACACUUUGUUGAAGGGAGCGGCGGUUCUUGGCGCUGCUGGAUUGGCGAAGAGCUGGUGGGAUAAGAGGCAGAGACGCAAGGAUGAGGAGGAUUACGAUUCCGUGGAUCCGGAUACGCCUUCAAGACGACAUCGGCGACAUGAUAGCGUCAGCGAAGAGAGUGUUGAAGUCCACAGGAUGGAGGAGGGGAGAAGAGGAGAUCGUCCUAUUUUACCAGGACCAGGAAAUCCAGCUUUGGCAGCAGCAGCUAUCAGCGCCGCGGAACCUCGAUCGAAGAGACCAAGAACACCUCGACCUCGUCGAACGGAAAGUUUCGAUUCCGCAGAUUCCUCGUACGAUUCAACAAUGUCUCCUUCUCGACGUCCUCGGUCUUCACAUGGACUUGAAAAGGGUGUAUUAGCAGGCCUUGGUCUCGGCUGGUUCGCAAAGAAGAUGAAAGACAGAAGAGACAAGAAGGAGCUCGACCGCUUAGACAGAGAAGAAUCCGAGAAGGUCGAACGAGAACGAUUGGCUCGAGAAGGAGGAACCCCUUCUCGACUUACCGGGGAUGGAUAUCCCUCCACCCCUCGUCGAAAACUACGACGGCCUGCACCCUCAGGAGUGUCUUCAGACAUGAGUUCCGUAAUCGACGAUCCACAUGGUAUCCGACCAGGAGGCAUUCCUCCCAUCCCAGUGGCAAUGGCAGCAGGUGGCCUCGCAGGAGCAGCAGCAUCACAAAUGCGUUCCUCGAGACAUACCGUUACGGAACCCGUUUCCAUGCCUCCCGCGCCGCCGGAUCCCCAUGGUAUCCUCCAUCCAGAAGAAUCCGGCAGUGAAGCCUACAACUCAGCUGGUGGACACGUUCAUAGACGACACUCUUCUCGUCGACGAAGAGAAGGCGAAGAAGCAGCCGCGGCGGCAGUAGCGGGAGCCGCCGCCCUCGCUGCCGAAGAAGAAGUCCGCCGACGACGCUCGCGCUCUCGUGGCGGCGAUCCCAGGGCGGAUAUGAACAGUCCUCCCGUAUCCGUGAAAGUCAAAGUCCACGACGAUGCAAACAGACACGUCACGUUACGGCGACUUACAGAACAAGAAGCAGCAGCUGAAAGAGAAGCGAGAAAAAGUGAACACAGGAGACGAAGAGCGGAUUCGGUGUCGAGCUUGAGUGGAACUGAUACUGCGACCAGUAGGAGGAGAUACAGGAGAGAUCAAAGGGAAGCAGAGAUGAGGGCUGAGAGUUCUGCUCCUCCACCUCCGCCACCGGCUAUGGCUCCGCUCAAUCCACCUAAUCCGGCGUUCGCAGGAGGGAGAAGGCCAAAGGAUAGCGCGUAUUAUUCUGGUCGACCUGGCGAAGCAAGUGGUAGUGGCGGAGUUGGUCCAGCGCAUGGAAGUGGAGUCGGCAGUCCUGAGAGCCAUGGAACAUGGAGCGCGAUGAGUCCGACUGGGAGUGAAACAGUAGAUGAGCGACGGAGGCGAAGGAGAGCGGAGCGGAAUCGUCCAAAUCAGCCUUCAGGGACGGUAGAUUUCUCUUGA